UAUCCCAUACAUCUCUGACCCUUGACAAAAUCCAGCACCACCAUCCUCAUCUCCCACCCUAUCCCUCCGAUCAACCCAUUCCAUCCCAUCUCCCCACCCAGCGCAAAAAAAAGUGAAAAGAAAAAAAAAAAAAAGGGGGAAAAAAAAAAAAGAAAAGGAAAUUCAAAACUUGUGAUUUUCCCCCAUUUGCCCCAAAAUCUCUCCCUUGCUCUUCAGCCAAUGGACAGCAACCAGCAAGCUCAGUCCUCUUACCCACCUCAGCCUCCCACUGCAGCUAUCACCCCUACUCCUUCCACCACCACCUCCGCCACCCCUCCCCCUCCUUUCCACCACCUCCUCCAACAGCAGCAGCAGCAACUGCAAAUGUUCUGGUCUUACCAACGCCAAGAAAUCGAGCAAGUCAACGACUUCAAGAACCACCAACUCCCUCUUGCCCGCAUCAAGAAGAUCAUGAAAGCCGAUGAGGACGUCCGCAUGAUCUCCGCCGAGGCUCCCAUUCUCUUCGCCAAGGCCUGCGAGCUUUUCAUUCUCGAACUUACCAUCCGCUCUUGGCUUCACGCCGAGGAGAACAAGCGGCGGACGCUUCAGAAAAACGACAUCGCAGCGGCGAUUACGAGGACCGACAUUUUCGAUUUUUUGGUGGAUAUUGUGCCCAGGGACGAGAUCAAGGACGAAGCUGGAUUGGGUGGGAUGGUGGGGGCCACGGCAAGUGGGGUGCCGUACUAUUAUCCUCCGAUAGGUCAGCCUGCGGGGGGUCCUGCUGGACCUGGUGGGAUGAUAAUUGGGAGGCCUGCCGUCGAUCCCACCGGUGGUGUUUAUGUUCAGCCUCCUUCACAAGCUUGGCAGAGUGUUUGGCAGACUGCAGGGGCUGAGGAUGGCUCGUAUGGCAGUGGAGGUAGCAGUGGUCAGGGGAAUCUUGACGGCCAAGGCUAAGCAUUUCAUUGGUCCAAUAUGGUGCUCAAUGGUGUGGCAAACGUGUGCAGCUCGGCUGAUGCUACUAGGAAUUUUGCUUGCGUAUGAUUUAUGAAUGCACUUGUCUGCUAUUGUUUAUGGAAAGCUUCCUUUAAUGUAAUGACUUGUUUAGAAACUUCUCAAGACCUUAACUCAUUUAGUGCAGCAAAACAAUUGCUUGUUGCUAUGACUUGCCUAAUCAUAUCUAAUGUGCAGUUCUGGGUUAAUUAUCCCCUUGUUGUGUUCUAAA